CUCGGAUCCCCUUCCCAGUCGCACUUUGACCACCGAGAAAAUAACCACCUAUCACCUAAACCACCAUGACCGUGAAAUUGUUUAUGGGCCUGGCGAUGGCCGGCCUCAUCUCAGCGAGUAGCAGCGUAACUUCUAUGUUUCUCCUUGGCUUAGACCCACAAUCCUUGGAAGCUUCUAUCGUUGGCAACGACGCCACUGCGACAACCUAUAGCGUCAGUUGUGCUCCUCCGACCCCGACCGCGAGCGAUGACUAUGGCUAUGACUGUGGCUUGGGCCCUGGUCUCACUGUCACGGAUGCGUCACCGACUAUCAUCUACGAGCUGAACGAAAAGCCAGAAUUCUAUAUGACCGUCGAGUGCUCCGUGGCCGGAACAACCUCUGCUGUUUGCACUGAAACUGCCGGCGGGCCUGAAGCCAACUUCCCGGGAACUACUAUCUCAACUCUCCAGCAGAGUGAAAUGGCCUUUGUCCCGGUAACGAUCACCGCUGGGUCUGUUACCAGUGUGGCGGUGACCGCUUCGGCCACCACCACCAGCACGGCCGAGUCAGGCAGUCAGGGCACUACCUCAGCGGCCCAGACUUCUUCGAAGUCUUCUUCUUCGAAGUCUUCUUCUUCGAAGUCUUCUUCUUCUUCUUCCUCUUCGGGCUCGAGCUCCAGCUCUUCGGCCGUGAGCACCGGUGGUAUGCCCCAGAUUACUGGAGAUGCCAGUAUGCUGUUCGGAGGUGCCGUUGUGGCCUUGGCCGCUGCUGUCCUUUAAACAUAGACAGUAAUGCUCGGGUGAUUAAUCCACAGACAUGCCUGGCUACUUCAUUUUUCCGUCAUUAAUAUGGUUUCAUACUUCGCCUAGGGGCCAUGCGAUCCCCGCCUUUUUACUUUUGAGGUCUGAUAUGUAUAGCGACAUGGCCUCUCCCCAGAUGUACUAUAUUACCUGUAAUAUAUACGGCUUCUUUACAUAUGUAGUUAUGUCUAAUGUAUACGUGACAUGAAAACAUUCAUUAUCAAUGCAUUCUUGAUGUAGGCAGCUCAGAGAAUAUCUGAGUUGAGAUUUGAAUCUCAUGCGAAGAUCU